UUAACUUCCGGCCAUGUUCCAGAAGCAUCUCGUUGCUUGUUUAUUCACGUUGUUAAGCUAAAAAUUAUUUGAAGAAAAAUGGACAAACCACAGAUAAUUGCCCAUAUAGAAAAGUCUUUGGAUUAUACACUGUUUGAUACCAAAUGGAUACCCUGUAGUGCAAAGUUUGUUGUGUUGGGUAAUUAUGCUAGGGGAACCGGUGCUUUACAAAUUUAUGAGUUGUCACAUGGACAACUAAAUUGCGUAAAAGAGAUAGAGAAAUCAAAGGCACUGAAAUGUGGGACAUUUGGUGCAUCUAGUAUGCAGCAAAGAUAUCUUGCCACUGGAGAUUUUGAGGGCAAAAUGCAAAUAUGGAACCUGGAGACACCAGAGCUACCAGUGUAUUCAGUGAAAGGCCACAAAGAAAUCAUAAACUGUAUUGAUGGAGUUGGGGGCCUUGGAAUUGGAGAAGGUGCUCCAGAAAUCGUCACAGGAAGUAGAGAUGGGGCAGUGAAGGUAUGGGACCCUCGUCAAAAGAAUGACCCUGUUGCCACAAUGGAGCCAAGUGAAGGAGAAACCAAGCGGGACUGUUGGGCUGUAGCAUUUGGUCAUGCCUUCAACAAACACGAUAGAUGUGUAGCUGCUGGUUAUGACAAUGGCGAUAUUAAAUUGUUUGAUCUGAGAAGUAUGUCUCUACGAUGGGAAACCAACAUUAAGAAUGGAGUGUGUGGAUUGGAAUUUGACAGAAAAGACAUCAGUAUGAAUAAACUAGUUGCUACAUCACUAGAAGCAAAAUUCCAUUGUUUUGACAUGAGAACUCAACAUCCCACAAAAGGAUUUGCUUCAGUUUCUGAAAAGGCCCACAAAGCAACUACAGUUUGGGGAGCCCGCCAUUUACCCCAGAAUAGGGAUGUUUUCAUGACAAUGGGAGGAAAUGGUUCACUGUGCCUCUGGAAAUAUAACUAUCCCUCACAGAGAGUUAAACAGGAUGAGAAUAAACAGGAAAUGGGUGUAGCUGGUACCCUCAGUCUGUUACAGAAUGUCACAUUGUCCACUCAGCCCAUAAGCUCCUUUGAUUGGAGCCCAGACAAGGAGGGGCUGUGUGUGUGUACAGCUUUUGACCAGACUGUUAGAGUUCUCAUUGUGACAAAAUUAAACAGGAUCUGAUCUGUGAAUUUAGAAGAAAUUUUCACUUAUCAUCAACCCAGAUGUGUUCUGCUGUGGUGCAACUUGAGAAUGUCAUGAAAAGAGAAAACAUCUCAUCCAAUUACUAAUGAAAAAUUGAGCUGGUUUGUGACUUGUGAGCAAAAAUUCCUUUGCAAUUCCUUCAGCAAUCUCUCUACAUAUAUGGGAAUAAGAAAUGUCAUCUUUUCAUCAUUGUUUAUGUUCUGAAGUAACAAAACAAUGUGUAACUUGGACAUUUGAUAUUACAUAAUAUAUUUUUUACAUCCAAUUCAAUGUAUAUCCAUGUUAAAGAUAAAUCUAAGUGGAAUUGGUUGGAGAUAUUUAUUUAUUAUUAGAUCUGC